AUGUUCACUUCUCUUCGCUUUCUAUGUUUCGGAAACACGCCGCUCCCCUCUUUGAACUCUUCUAGAUCUCCACAAAGAACUCCAUCUCUAGGAAGCUCAAGCACAUCAUCUCUAUCACCUAUCGAGGAAGAACUCGCUACCCCAUCUACUCCAGAAUCAAACGAUAGUGGACUUACUCUAAGUUCAAGCAUCGGACCAUACCCAAUCCCAUCGUCUUUGAUGAGAGAAGUAGAAUCAAUCAGAUCUCACAUUUUACAACAAAAGAGUCGUCAUCAGAAUCAACCUAGUCGACGACAUAAGCAAAAGAACCGGCGUCAGAGGCUUCAAGAAGUUGCAAUAAAGCAAUCCAUUGCCUCCUCUAUCCGUGAAAAAGCAAAGCCUAUAGCUACUCCGACUUGUUACUACGAUGUUUCCAGCCCUUAUGCUGAGGACACAAGCGUAUUCGAGUUGAAUCCCGCAGGAGAGAAAAAUACAAACGAAGAAGAAGAAUUUGGUAUUGCAUCUCAGCAUGACUGGGAUGAGAUGAUAAACCCACAUUACAACUAUCUCGGUGCGCAAGAACAGAUAUGGGAUGGUGACCUCGAUUCUAGUGCAUACUGGGGACUAGAUGAUUUGAUAUCUCAAGGGUAUUUCGAGACAUACGAUAACAGUUCGGUUGUCUGCCACCCAAAACAAGAUGCCAAUACAGAUGAAUCUUACUCGAUAUCUAAGGCGUUGACGAUAAGUCGGAAUGUUAAGCAGCCGAAUGGCGAUACGGGGUGGUGGUUGGUGAAACACGUAGAUCCAAGGGCUCUAUCCAAACUUGGAAGUGAUUGUGUUAUUCUAUAA